AGUGGACGAUACCCCUGAAGCGCUGCCGUUAUGGCUGAUGCUUCACAUGUACAGUUUACUGACAAGUAUGGACAAGCUCAUAUAACUUUGGAGUCACUCCUUGAUUCCACAGGUCUCAUACCUCAUUCGUGUCUCCAUGAAUCAGUCAAUAAUUCACUAACAGAUAUGAAUUCUGUUCCUAUUAUGAAAUGUUCCGUACCUCUCAACUACUAUUCUAACCAAAUUUUGUAUGCUUCGGAACAAAUAUCAACUGAAUUAAGUGAAAGUUCUUGUGUCACUGAGUCUCAAAGACAAGCAUUAUUACUAGAUGUUUGCUUCGAACUCCUUAACCUUCUCAAGGAACAAGAUGUUAAUGGCUAUUUUCUUUACCCACUACCACACCUCAAACCUUCAUGUCCAUUUGGAUUACUGGACAUAGAAAAACAACUUUUCCAGAAAUACUACAAAAGCCUGUCUGAGUUUCAAAAAGAUGUUUCUGAACUACUCAAUAGCGCUCUUCAAUAUUAUCAAAUUGAAUCAAUGGCUCAUAAUGAAGCGCAACGUUUGCUAAAUCUAACCACCGAUUGGUUUAAUUCACUAAAUGCAAAUUAUGUCGCUAUUUUAAAUCGUUCACCAGACGGUGGAGUGACAGUUGAUAGAAACUCGCAAGUCACAACAUCGGAUAAUAAUGACAUUAUAUCUAAGGAGACCUAUUUAAACAUUUUAAAUCCAGAUAAUAAUGGUAUUAUCAGUAAAACAGAACGGGUUCAAAGUAUUGGGGACGAGGCAGGUCACUUGUAUUCAGGUUCGUAUUUACUUCCUAAUGGUGGCUACCGAGAAGAUCGACGCAAUAAAAUUAUACCGUACACAUAUUUAGACUAUGGCUCUUAUUAUUCAUUUGCCCCAGUUUACGACAGUGGGGCUUCUCAUUGCACUCCAGAGUCAAAUCAAUUGUUGUUGGGAACCACAUGGCUACCGGCACGUACUCCAUUUGUACUUGGCAGCUGUUCGUCCAAUAGUUUUGAUUCAUAUAGUUGUGCAAAUGGUUUCGAGAUCACAGAUGAAAUAAUAUCAACUGUCUUGGAAAUGGGGGAUCAACAGUUAGCUGUCUCUCUUGCGGUUGCAGGAAGUGAACAACGUGCGAUAGCCCAAUUAUCAUCUGAAUUAGAAGAUAUUAUUCCUGGUCCUGAUGUACCUGAUGAGUUUGUAUUUAGUAUGUGUUUAGCUAAUGCAUUUACACGCGACCUUAUUAAAAAGGAAGAGAAACUGUCUGCUCUUGAUUCCUUAGAUCCGUGUUCAGAAGUUAAUUCUGAUGAAAAAAGUAUCAAAUCUACAGGUGUCAACAACUCUCCUGCUGCAUACGACUUAGAUUCUGCUACUUUUCAUAACCCCAUGGAUUCAAGUGUACGUUUGCAGUCUGAAGAACAAAGUAUUGCUGACGAUGCUAAGCAAUUGAGUACAGAACUAGUUGAAUCUGCCCAAGAUUUAAAUGCACUUUAUUGCUCACAAUAUUUGAGACUUGGUGACACUUCUCAGGCUGCAAAUCUAGGCUCGACACUGCGACCAACUCCAAAUGAAAUGUCUAUCGCCCAUAGACUUACCGAAAAGCUGAUUAAGCUGACGAAACAUGCUCGUCCAGGGGAUCUCAUCCAUCCAUAUACGGUAAGAAAAGCGAUGGGUUUAAAUCCAGAUGAGUAUUUUUUACCGGAACAUUUAAUUUCAAGUGAUAAUUUUGUGAAUAGCGCGUAAAUGUAAAUAUAUAAACAUAAAUGUAGAUAUAUUUAUCUUGUAAUUUAAGUUGUUAGUUUGUUUGAUUGUUCUAAUUUCAUCAAUUUAUUGUGUAUUAAGAUAAAACAAAACUUUUUCCAUUUAUUCGAGUUCACAAAAAUAAGUCUUUAUCUCUUUCAAGUAGUCAUAUAAUAUGAAUGAAUGUUGUGCAAAAGUGUUGUUCUCAAUCAGUAUUUCCACUUUUUUUCCAAAACUUUGCUUAUUUUUAAAAUAGGAAUUGUAUAUCCCAUAAAUAUACUCUGAAUUACUGUAUAUAAAUCAUUUCUACAACUUCGUUUCUUUUUCAAUUUCUAAUAAAUUACAGUUAUAAUAUAAAAUUUUUUUGUGCAUUUUUUUUUCAUUUGAAAAUGGAAAAAAAAUUCUACCAAGUCUGUUCGUCUGGUAAACAAUGUUAUGCUCUGUUUUGAUGGUUUACUGUCCAGCUUAUUAACAAAAUAUUGUCCCAGUUCUGCUUUAUAUGAUAAAUAUAUAACAAAAACAUA